UCACCUGAUGCGCUCGCCGCAGUUUUCCUGUGGGCAGUGCGCUGUGGCGUGCGCUACCCGCGCAAGUUGCGCGCUUGAAUGGAUGCGGGAACGGUGCAAUGUCACUGGCCCUCAGGCGGAGCGCCGUGAUCUCUCGCUUCCUCCCAAGACAAAAUCCCACGGCGAGGCUGUUUACUGUAAGCCCUCUAACCUAAGAGAGAGCUGCUAGAUGCAGAGCACGGGCUUCCAGUUGCGCCGCUGACUGAGCGCUGCACCUCCUGUGAGAUGGACUAAUCAGGGCGGUAAACAUGCCGACAAGCAUCGGGUUCAAAAACAAGAUAGCCAGUGUCUGUUCUAUGCUUCAUUGCACAACACAGGAGGUGAAGACACACAGCCCUUACCACAGAGAGUUUGCGGGUGGAUCAGUUGAGUGGAAGCAGAAUCCCAGGGACUGGAUGCCCCAGACUAGGUGGGAUAUUCAACAGAGAAUGACCCUCCCACGGACGGCACCUCACAAAUCGAUGCUGGUGGAUGACCUGCAGAUCAGCAGUGAUGAAGACGACACACAGGAACCUCAUGAAACUGCGUGGGCCAUUAGAGAGAGCUCUGCAGAGCAGCAGUGGUCUCACACGCAUGGCAGGAGGCUGAGGGCUUCCAACUCCUCGUCCAGCUGCAGCUCCAGGUCCUCUUCCAGGUCCAGAUCCAGCUCCAGCUCCAGGUCCCGAUCCAGCUCCAGCUCUUCCCGGUCCUUCAGUGAGUUGGGCGGCAGUGCCCAGGCCUCAUCCAGUCCCAGCCCGGAGAUACCCCCAGACCCCGGGCCCCCGGCCACCAACUGGCCGCGCACCUGUAGCGUAGAGGAGGAGACAGAGGAGCCGCCCUCCCCGACACAGUGGCACUUGAACCGGUGGCUGAACAAAGUGAGAAAGAGACAUGCCUCAGGUGACCAGGAGCAAAGUGUGGAGGCGGAGGCUCUCUCUAACCUGGACUCUGACAGUGUCCAGUCUCCCGGGGGAGCCUGGAGGAGAGACCACAGCCCGUCGCAGAGGGACGGCCUCAGCCCCAGCUAUAGUCCUGCGCCCAGCCCCAAUUUCAACUACAGUCCCAAGUCCAGCAGCCCUGACCUCAUCUCCUGCGACAGUCACACAGCCAGUCCCACUCUGUGCCCUGAUUUCACUCAGCCUGAACGCUAUCCAUGCCAAAGCCCAAAUCCUGAUCAUAGCCCCAUGUCUCUUUCUAGGCCUGAUAACAGAACAAUUGCCAAGCAGUGGCCCAGUGCUGAGUCUAACCACAGAUAUAGCUCUAGUCCUAGUCUCAGUCCCCCGCCUUACUCUCAGCCUAAAUCUAGCCUCAGUCCUAGUCCCAGGCCUCGCUCUAAGCCUCCGUCUAGCCUCAACCCCAGGCAUCGCUCUAAACAUAAACCUAGCCUCAGUCCUAGUCCCAGGCCCCACUCUAAGCCUAAACCUAGCCUUAUCCCGAGGCCUCACUCUCAGCCCAAAUCUAGCCUGAACCCCACGCAUCACUCUAAGCAUAAAUCUAGCCUCAGUCCUCGUCCCAGGUCACGUUCUGAGUCUAAAUCUAGCCUCAGCCCUAGUUCUAGGCCUCACUUAAAGCCUAAAUCUAGCCUCAACCCCACGCAUCACUCUAAGCAUAAGUCUAGCCUCAGUCCUAGUCCCAGACCACGUUCUGAGUCUAAAUCUAGCCUCAGCCCUAGUUCUAGGCCUCACUUAAAGCCUAAAUCUAGUCUCAAGCCCACGCAUCAUUCUAAGCCGAAACCUAGCCUCAGCCCUAGUUCCAGGCCUUGCUCUAAGCCCAAAUCUAGCCUAAUCCCGAGGCCUCACUCUAAACCUAAAUUUAGCCUCAGCCCUCCUCCCAGGCCUUACCCACAGCCCAAAUCUAGCCUCAACCCCACACAUCACUCUAAGCAAAAAUCUAAUCUCAGCCUUAGUCCCGGGCCUCACUCUCAGCCAAAACCUAGCCUCAACCCCACGCAUCACUCUAAGCCUAAAUCUAGCCUCAGCCCGAGUUCCAGGCCUCGCUCAAAACAUAAAUCUAUCCCCAGCCCCAAGCCUCUACCCCAGCCUUACUGUCCGCCUAAAUCUGGGCACAAAUCCAGACCUCACUCUCAGUCAAAAUCUAGCCUGAGCCCUAGUCCCAGACCACACUCUAAACCUAAAUCUCGCCUCAGCCCCAGUGCUAGACCUCACUCUAAGCCUAAACCUAGCUCUAGCCCUCAGCCUCAGUCUCAGCCUAAAUCUAGGCCCAGCUCCAGACCUUGCCCUCUGCCUAAAUCCAGCCUCAACCCCAACUGUACCCCUCCAGCCAAACUACAGGCCACAACUUCCCAUUCCCAACAUAGGAAGCCCUCCUCUGGAGCGAGGGAGGGCAAGGCGGACGGCCAGAAGACCCCGUCCGUCUCCCAGAGGAAGGAGGCGCCGAAGAGUCUUUGGAUUAGGGAAUCUGAGGAAGAGGAGGACAGGAGGAAGGAGCGGAAAGAGAAGAGGAGGAAAGAGAAGGAGGAGAGGAAGAAAGAGAAGCAGGGGGUGCAGGAGAAGGUGAAGGAGAGAGGGAAGACGCAGGAAGCGCAGGCCCCGGUGGUGCAGGCCAAACAGAGGCUCCACACGGAGAGGCCUCCCAAACCCAUCGACCAUGAGCGAGAGAGGAAGAAGAAGAAGAGACGAAAGACUGAAGAGGCCUCCGUCGCUGAACCCAAGCCAUCCCCGCCCCCCUCUCCUCCCCGUAAACCCGUCAUUCCCCCCAGCGACUCUUCCUCAGAGUCUGAACCGGAGCCCCCGCCUGUCUCCACCAGGGCCACCAAGGUCCUGGCCGACUCCACCUCCGGCCAGAGGCCUGGCUCCAGGGGGCAGCCGAACAGAGCGGAGAAGCCCAGGACGGUCCAGCUGAAUCUGGGCUGCCCGCGGCCGGCGGACUCCACCUCCACUCAGAGGCCGGGCUCCAGAGGGCAGCAGGGCAGGCCGGGCAGGCCCAGGAAAGCCCAGCCCAGUUCGGGCCGGCCCGGCCGCUGGGCUGAAGAGACGGCGGCGGAGAAGCGGGGCGGGCAGGGGCGGCAGAAGCUCUACACCCUGGUCCCGUUCGGCCGCAGCGGGGCCACCCACGGGCACGGCCGCUCGCCCCCCUCCCAGUACACCCGCGCCCGGAGUCUCCGGUCCCUCAGGGUGAGGAUCGACCUCACCCUCCUGCCGGGGCCCCCCGAGGCCUCCCGGCCCUCCCGGGAGCGCUCCACCUCCACCUCCUCUUCGUCGUCCUCCCUCAAGAAGGCCCGCCAUAAAGGGGGCGCCAAGCGUCUGUGCUCCCCUCCGGCGGACCAGAAGAGGAGGCGCAAGUAUGAAGAGGCAGGCCUGUGGAAGGACAGUAAACAGAGCCAUGAUCCCCCACCAAAAUGGGCCAGUUCCAAUGUCAGGACCUCCGUGGAGACUAACACUGACACCAGGAUCAGCAGAUGCAAAGAGGAUCGGCCAGCCAGUAAGAGGAAGCCCCUGUCACCCCUCUCCCCUCUCAUGGACGUCCCAGAGCACCCCAAGAAUGUAGAGGUACCCCAGCCCCCUGGCAAGGCAAGAAUGGAAGAUCCACCUGUUCAGAAAAAUCUGAGUGAGAUGCCGUUGGGCCGGCAGCAAGGCCUCCCCCAGUCUUUGUGUGAGUACCAGGGCCCCCCCCCAUCCCAACCGCCGGGCCACAGGCAGGGUCCUUCCAUCAGGGACAUUGCCCUGCAGGUGGAGCGCUAUAUGCUGGAGGCCAAGAGGCUGAAGCACCGGGCGGACACCAUGGUGGACCGUUUUGGGAAGGUGCUGAACUACGUGGACGCUGCUCUGUCCUUCAUGGAGUGCGGGAAGGCAGUGGAGGAGGGGCCCCUGGGGGCCAAGUCUCCCUACAGCAUGUACGCGGAGACAGUGGAGCUGAUCAGGUAUGCCCUGAGGUUGAAGAAAUAUCAGGGAUCCAAGGCCAGUCAUGAGGAUAAGCAGCUGGCUGUGCUGUGUUUCCGGUGUCUGGCUCUUCUCUACUGGCGAAUGUUCAGACUGAAGAAGGACCACGCCAUCAAGUGCUCCAAUGCUCUUCUGGAAUAUUUCAAGACCACCCCCAGCUCCUUCUUGGCUCCGCCCCCCUGGUACCCCACGGGAAAAGAACCGGGGGCUCCCUCCUCCACCAACCCCUCGCCCCCCGCGCACUGCUCACCCUCCGCAUCCAUCAGCAUUCCCCAGCACAUCCACCAGAUGGCGGCAGACCACCUGGAGAUCACCAACAGCGUGCUUUACAGCUACGAGUACUGGGAGGUGGCCGACAACCUGGCUAAAGAGAGCAAAGACUUCUUCAGCUACCUGAACUCUCUGAUGGGGCCCCUGACGCUCCAGAGCAGCAUGGCUCACAUUGUGCGCUACACCAGGCAGGGCCUGCAGUGGAUACGCGCUAGCGUUAAGCUAACUUAG